ACACUGCCACCAGACACGAGUAACAUAGAGAUUUAUUAACAACACAGUCAUAACAGAGAAGUUAAGUUGUCUUUAAUGGCUCUUUCACCACUCAGCAUGCUUGUGGUCAUUGCCACCAUCUUCCUCCCAUCCGUUGCUGUGGCCAAGGAAUUCGUAGUUGGUGAUGGUCAUGGAUGGACAAUAGGCUUUGAUUAUGCAGCUUGGGCUGCAGAUAAGACCUUCCAAGUUGGGGAUGUACUUGUAUUCAAUUAUGCUGUUGGAGAACACAAUGUGUUCAAAGUGAAUGGAACUGCAUUCCAGAGCUGCACGAUUCCUCCAGCAAGUGAAGCAUUGUCUACUGGAAAUGACCGUAUUGUAUUGGCAAUUCCUGGCAGAAAAUGGUACAUAUGUGGUGUUGAAGAUCACUGCAGUGCUGGCCAAAAGCUUGUUAUCACAGUUCAACCCCAAACACUGCCUCCAACUCUACCACCAUCACCUACUCCUGCACCUUCGCCUCGUCAACAUCGUCCUCAUUUUGGUCGAUGGGUGCCUAAUAUUUUUCAUUAAACGUCAUUUGUUGGUUUAACCUAUGUUUUGAGAGUGAUAUUUUUAAGUUUUAUACUUUUAUCUGCUUUUGAGAGAGUGAUAUUAGUCCUCAGAAUAAAUUAUUGUUUCUAUUUCAAAGUUCAAAUUGGAAGUUUGUGAUUGUGCUUACUAGCUCAUUCCAUCUACCAUUUAAAUAAAAUUGCAAAUUUACAUUUGA